AAAGUGACAUUGAAGAAAACUCCGGAAAUGAAACAUCUUGUGUUUUGAUCGUGUUUAUACAUCAAAAUUUUGUGUUUCCUGAUUUUAUAAUCAGACCAUCUAAUAAAAUUAAGGCCAGUUGUGAUUAUACCCUUUCAUUAUGUCCGAAUCCUAUGAAUACUUGUUCAAAUUCCUCGUUAUUGGAAGUGCGGGUACAGGGAAAUCAAGCCUCCUUAAUAACUUUAUUGGCAACAAAUUCAAAGAAGACAGGUGUCAUACUAUUGGAGUAGAAUUUGGAUCUAAAAUUGUGAAUAUAGGAGGUAAAUCAACCAAAUUACAAAUUUGGGAUACUGCGGGGCAAGAGAGGUUUCGUUCUGUGACACGGUCAUACUACAGAGGGGCUGCUGGUGCUCUAUUGGUGUAUGACAUCACAUCCCGGGACUCAUUUAAUGCUCUAUCUAACUGGUUGAGGGACGCGCGAACUCUUGCUAGCCCCAACAUUGUCAUAUUACUUGUGGGAAAUAAGAAAGAUUUGGAAGACUCCAGAGAAGUUACAUUUACAGAAGCUAGUCAAUUUGCUCAGGAAAAUGAGUUGGUAUUUCUUGAAACAAGUGCAAAGACAGGUGAAAAUGUAGAGGAGGCUUUCUUGAAAUGCUCUAAAACUAUCCUAGCCAAAAUUGAAGCUGGCGAGUUGGAUCCUGAAAGAAUAGGUUCCGGUAUACAAUAUGGUACUGCAGCAUCUAAGCGACUGACUUCGCCAAGGAGCAAACCUGCUCGGACACCUUCAGAAUGUGCCUGUCGUGUAUAAAAUUAUUCUUUCAUCUUAAGGCUGAUGUACAUUAUUUGAAGAGUGCACACAUUUUUUUACUUAUGCUAGUAAAAAAUGUAUGGACUGUUGCCAGAAUGAAUAUUGGCUUUAAUUAACUGUUAAGUUUGGAACAAUUUUAUCUUUAAUUUCUUGUAUAAUAUAAGUCAAUAUUUGUUAGCAUCUUUUUCGAAUUUAUUUGUUUUUUAAUUUUUUUGAAUUAAGUGCAAUGUGGAGAAUACCGUCUAUAAGGGAAUACCAUCUACAAGCUCUUUUGUCACAUUUAACUCUUGCGUUUGUGCACAUACCGCUCUUACAGAAGGUUGGAGCAGGAGUGAAGCUCUUCCUUUUUGUGUCCGAGCGACGUAUGUGUACAAAUACGAGAGUUCUUUCCAUAUGACGGUCUUCCCAGCAAUAAAUUGUAUUUUCCGGCCUUCUCCACAUUGACCUUACGUAAUUAUAAUGAAAUUUCAAUGAAAACUCUGUAACUAAAGUUGCGAUAUGAGUAUGAGUGUACAUUAUUUGACGCUAGCAUAUAGAACAACUUAUAUAAGUCAAAUUUUAAUUAACAUUUAAAUACCUAUAUCAUUGCACCAUGUUUUUAAAUUUUAAGCUCUUUUAGAAAGAAAGUAUGCAUGUCAGGACAUGAGUUCUUUCACAAAGGUUUUUAUUGAUAAAAUAGCUUAUGCAUAUUGUUAAUGCAAUAUAAUUUAACGUAAUUUGCUGCCGCAGUUUUGAAUAAUUCUAGGUAAUAUUCCGAAAAACUCAUAAAAAAACGUCAAAAAUACGCAAAGCUAAUACGCGUUGUUUAAGGUGAUUUUGAUCACUAUUUAUUUAUUUUUCUCUUUAACAUGCCUAAAUUUCGCAUAACGCAAAAGCAGGGUAUUUUAUUCUUUAUUUAUAUAUUUUAUGUGAAUUGGACUGACAUUAUUGCUACUGUACAUGCCUUAUCAAAUCUGCUGGUUGUAUGGGAGUAAAAUUUAAGCGUGUUACUUACUGAAAAGUAACCUUAAUUUGAGGGAUAUUAUCUAAAUUCUUAUGUAGACUUGUCCGGGAACUGAAUGCUGGUUCAAACUUGUCGGCCAAAUAAAGUAUAGUGUCAUAAACAAUGGUAACUAUUUUAUUAAUAUGACACUGAUUUUUACUCCCUUUUGUAAAGUGUAAUUUUUCACAAUCCAGCCGCGUAUUCGCGUCUAACGACUAUCCUCUCUUCUUCAACCUAGCGUUUUCCCGGCCUAGCGCCAGGGUCCGCUUUCCUACUUAAUCUUCUCCACUUUGCCCGGUCUUCGGCAUCCUCAGGUGUGAGAUUGUUCUCCUCCAUGUCCGCUGUCACGACGUCCAGCCAGCGCUUCUUAGGCCUACCGCGGCCGCGUGAUCUAGGGCCUUGGACAGUGAGGUUGAGAGAUCUAUUUCCGACGUACUGGUCUGCGGCUUAUGUGGCCAUACCAUCGGAGGCGACUUUCCUGCAGCUUAUCCGCUACGUCACGGAUUCCGAGGCUGCCACGGAUGUGUUCGUCACGUAUGCGAUCUAAUCGCGUAACGCCACACAUCAAUCGAAACAUCUUCAUCUCGGUGACGUGAAGCUGCUGGACAUGUCUUCCGAGGACAGGCCAGGUAUCCCUACCAUACCUAUAGCCGGACUGGAUGGAUGAUGCUCUUAUACACAAGGCCCUUUAGCUGCACCAGUAUCCUAGGGUCGCAGAUGACACCGGUUACUUCUCGCCAUUUUGCCCAAGCAGCACUUAUUCGGGCUUGGACGUCGUGAUCGAUUUGACUAGAUUCGUGCAGCACGGAAUCAAGGUAUUUGAAUAUAUUCGUUUUCACGACAAAUUCGUCUCCUACUUUUAUGGGGUCAGGGUCCGUGUCGCCACAUGCCAAGUACUCGGUCUUCGCAACAUUUAGUUUCAGCCCGCCGUUCUCUAGCGCACCCUUCCAUUGGUUCACUUUAUGCUCCAGGUUCUGGGUGUCCUCAUCUGUCAGUGCAAUUUCAUCAGCGUAUAUCAUAAGUCACGGACGGAGAUAGUUCAUUACGCUGAACAGAAAAGGACUCAGGGCUGAGUCUUGGUGAAUGCCAACUGUGAUAGGGAAUGGGCGAGUAUCACCAAAGGCGGUCCUUACUAUGGAUUCCGUUUAGUGGUACAUAUCUCGGAUAAUAUCAAUAUAGGUUUGUGGCACAGUCUUCUCCUUCAAAGCCCACCAGAUUACUUGGCGCGAUAUGCACUCGAAAGCUUUCUGCAGAUCCAGAAAAGCCAUAUGCAAGGGUUUUUGCUUUUCUCUGUAGACCUCGACUAGCAUUCUUAGGGCAAAGAUUGGAUCUAUAGCGCCACGGCCAGGACAAAACCCAUACUGACACUCCAAGACCGUGCACUCUUGCUGGAGAAUUGAGUCGAUUAUGCGCUCGAAGAGUUUCAUGGUGUGACACAUGACCUUAAUACCUCGGUAUAGCUUCCACAGUUCUGUACACUACCUUUGCCUUUAUAAAUUGGCGUUAUAUUGCUCAAUCUCCAUGAGUUGGGCAUCUUGCGGCUGGUGAGGAUGCGGUUAAAAAGGUCAGUAAGUAUGAUCACACCAUGAGGACCCAUCGAUUUCCACGCUUCGAUCGGUAUGUUGUCAGGACCCACAACCUUCCGGUUUUUCAUGUUGCGAAGACAAUUUUGUACUUCGUCUGGUGUAAUAGGGGCAAAAAGUCCAAGAUUAGGGGGCCGUUCCGCAGGCGCGGAUCCAACCCUCAAAAAAGGUUGUGGUCACAGCUACCCAAAAAUCGGCCAAGUGCGAGUCGAAGUACGAUCUCGCUCAUGAACAAUCAUCAGCCUAUUCAUCUCAAUAGACCGUGAAAGUGUUACGUCACAAGUCUUUAAGGGAUUAUCGAUUCGCAGACAACGUUUCGCCGAAAAUCGUUUCUCAGAGGGAUUUAUUCGUACCUAAUAGAUGUAACUUUUAGUCGAUUAACGUUUGCUAGAAACUUGGUUCACAUACCAUUCAAUUUGCUUUUGUGUAAAUUAACGAUUAUUCUAAAGUAAAUCUGCUUAUCAAUGUUAUGCCAAGUUGCCAACUGACUACUCUGUGUAAUGAAAUUCUGCCAAAUAGUCCUCUGCAAAAGCGUCAGCGAAACAAAUCGGUGUAAUUUUACUCGGCGAAUCAAUAAGGCACCCUAUUAGGGUUGUGGGCAUGCCCAUCGUGCCCACAACGGUGGAUUCGCCCUUGCGUUCCGGAGGAGACACAUUUGCGUGUUCCGUGUUCAGCAACUCGUUAAUGUAGCUACGCCUAGGGCUGCCAUCUCGAAUUUCGCCAAACCCGGACAAAGAUUCAAAAAUACCCGGACAUUUGGCGUAAAUCGCAUUUUUUCCCCGGACGAGUCCGAAAAUAAUAUUUUUUAAAAACAAGACCUUUAAUUAUACAUGUAGUUUUAAUGCGCUUCCUUACAUGAAAAGUGUCCGGGUUUCUCACUUCUUGACACUCCCCCCGGACGGAUGGCAGCCCUAGCUACGCCUCCUCUCCUUUUCACGGAAUACGUCGCAAACUAAAGUGCCGUUGGAGUCAUUAAUACAACUAAUACACAGACAUUUGGCAAAAUAAAUAAUUUCAAGUUCAAUUUGGUUAUGUCUUGUGUUGACUUCUCCCGGGCCUUUGCCAAACGACAAUCCUAAAAUAAAAAAAUUGUAAAUAAAAUCGCGACCUGAAUUAAAAACAAGUGAUAUGUAUUACGUUUCAAUAAGUAAAAAACAAGCUUUCGAAUCAUGGCUAUAUUGUAUUAUUAAAAACAUUGUAUAACAUUUUAUCAGUCAAAACCUUUAUGACAGAGCUUAUGACUUGGCUAAUUAAAUAUAUAUAUUUAAGGUUUUUGUAACUUUGUUAGUUUUAUGCCCUACAUGUAUUUUGCAAAUGUGGUGUUUUGGGAACAUAUUAUGAUUGAAUAAUAUUUACCUAAAUUAAUUUCAAUGUUAUAAACCAUGAUAAGGCCUUAUAACGAUUAUGA